AGAUAACCCGAAACGUUUAAAAAACGCAAGACAACAAAGAAUCAACUGACUAAACUAUAAAACACCACUCUUUUUCUAUCGAGAACUCCUCCAACCAAACCAUUGUGGUCAAUUGUCUACUGUGGAAGUGUUUUGGGGUCCCUUGAAUGCAGAAGCCCUUCCUACCAUUGUGGUCGAGUGAGAUUGUAUCUGUUUGGGUUGAAAAGUGAGCUUCAUUUUGAUAAACGGCUGUGAUAAAUCUCAAAAUCCGCCCCUUUUCUCAUAUUCAUGCAAUGGAAAAUGAAAAAUUGAAGAUUCUAGCCGUGGUCAUGGAUAUGUUGGAAAAAAGGUUUCAUUCGGAUUGAACUGAUACACUAGCAAAGGAAAUGUCUUGACCACUUCGCAGUCAUUAGUAGCAAAGACCAAUGAAGCUCAGAUCAAUAGGUGAAAGGGGGAGCCAAGUCUUUAAUCAAAAUCUGAAGAUUACCCGGUUGGGGAAGUCAGGACGGAUCGAUGAAGCAAUUAAAAUUUUCUCACAAAUGGCUCAGAGGAACACUGUAACAUACAAUUCUAUGAUCUCUGCUUAUGCUAAGAAUGGUAGAGUUGGCAAUGCACGCCAUCUGUUUGAUCAAAUGCCUCAUAGAAACUUGGUUUCUUGGAACUCUAUGAUUGCGGGGUACCUGCACAAUGAUAGGGUUGAGGAAGCUUAUAGGCUUUUUGUUGACAUGCCAGAAAGAGACCUUUACUCAUGGACUUUAAUGAUAACUUGCUAUACUCGUAACGGUGAGCUUGAGAAAGCCAAAGAGCUAUUCAAUUUGCUUCCUGAUAAGCGAGAUGCAGUUUGUUGGAAUGCUAUGAUCGCAGGGUAUGCCAAGAAGGGGAAGUUUGAUGAUGCUAAGAGAUUUUUUGAUGAAAUGCCAGCCAAAAAUUUAGUUUCAUGGAAUUCAAUUCUAGCAGGGUAUACCAAGAAUGGGGAAAUGCGUCUGGGAGUGAAGUUUUUUGAGGAGAUGCCUGAGAGGAAUGUGGUUUCAUGGAAUUUGAUGUUGGAUGGAUUUGUUGAGGUUGGUGAUUUGGAUUCUGCUUGGCUGUUCUUUAAGCAGAUUCCCGACCCGAAUGUUGUUUCAUGGGUCACAAUGUUAUGUGGGUUUGCACAAAUUGGGAAGAUUGCAAGGGCAGAGGAUCUCUUUAAGCAGAUGCCAAGUAGAAAUGUGGUGUCUUGGAAUGCAAUGCUUGCAGCGUAUGUUCGAGACCACCAAAUUGACAAGGCUAUCAAAAUAUUCAGGGAUAUGCCUGAGAUGGACUCUGUGUCAUGGACUACAAUGAUCAAUGGGUAUGUCCGUGUUGGCAAGCUUGAUGAAGCAAGGCAAUUGCUUAACCGGAUGCCAUACAGGAACACUGCAGCACAAACUGCAAUGAUGUCUGGAUAUGUACAAAAUGGAAGGAUGGAUGAAGCAAGUCAAAUCUUCAACCAGAUUGCCAUCUAUGACGUUGUUUGUUGGAACACAAUGAUUGCGGGCUAUGCUCAGUGUGGAAAAAUGGUUGAAGCUCAAUCCAUUUUCAGAAAAAUGAUUAACAAGGACAUUGUUUCUUGGAAUACUAUGAUUACUGGUUAUGCUCAAGUAGGGCAGAUGGAUAAAGCACUUAAGAUCUUUGAGGAAAUGGGCGAGAGGAGCAUAGUUUCUUGGAAUUCUCUGAUUACUGGUUUUGUGCAAAAUGGGCUAUAUCUGGAUGCACUAAAGAGUAUUGUGCUGAUGGGACAGGAAGGAAAGAGGCCUGAUGAAUCAACUUUUGCAUGUGGUCUAAGUGCAUGUGCCAAUCUUGCAGCUUUACAAGUUGGAAAGCAACUUCACCAUUUGGUUGUGAAGGGUGGUUAUGUAAAUGACUUGUUUGUCUGCAAUGCCCUGAUUACCAUGUAUGCUAAAUGUGGAAGGCUCACAAAUGCUGAGCUUGUGUUUGAAGAUAUCAAUCAUGGUGAUAUUGUUUCUUGGAACUCUUUGAUAUCUGGGUAUGCUCUAAAUGGAAAUGGUGGGGAGGCAGUAGAGCUCUUCAAACAGAUGCUAAUAGAAGGGGUGAAUCCAGAUCAGGUCACCUUUGUUGGGGUGUUAUCUGCAUGCAGUCACAGUGGGCUGGUUGAGUGGGGUUUAGAAAUUUUUACAAGCAUGACGGAAGUUUACCUUAUUGAACCUCUGGCCGAACACUAUGCUUGCAUGGUUGACUUGCUUGGUCGUGCAGGGAGGCUAGAGGAAGCCUUUGAAAUGGUGAGUAAUAUGAAGAUCAAGGCAACUGCCAGAAUAUGGGGUGCAUUGCUUGGAGCUUCCAGGAUACACCGGAAUCUUAAAUUUGGCAAAUAUGCUUCCAAGAAGCUUUUAGAAGUUGAACCUGAUAAAGCUUCAAAUUAUGUGCUCUUGUCAAACAUGCAUGCUGAGGCAGGCAGAUGGGAUAAGGUUGAAAAAGUCAGGGUGUUAAUGAAAGAAAGUAGCAUGGAGAAGCAACCAGGCUGCAGUUGGAUUGAAGUCAGAAAUCAAGUACAUGCUUUUCUCUUUGAUGAUCCAGUGCAGCCUAGAACAGCAGAGCUUUGCAGUGUAUUGAAAAGUCUAACCACCGAGAUGAGAAACACAAGUUACUUCUUGACACCUUAUGUUGACGAGCCCUUUAGUACCUAUCUACUGGCACCAUAAAUGUACAGGAAUAAAACCGCACACAGACUAUGAACCAAAAGGGCAGGACUUUCUCUCAGUGAACACCCAGAGAUUUUCCUAAAUGCCCGUUGGAAUUUUACUACCUGUUCCAAGUAAAAAGAAAUGCAUGUUCAACUCAACGGAGCAACAUCAGACUUCCACAACAGUAUCUCUGGCAGCUUCUCAACCCAUAGCAUUGGAAAGACCAUAGCCGUUCAGAUGGGAUUUUUGCCAUCUCCAUGCAAUCUGUAAGCUCUCUUGAAGUGUAUAGCGGGCUGUCCAACUUAACUCCUGCCUUACCUUGGAAGGGUCACUAUAAACUUUAGCAUAAUCCCCUGGCCUUCGGCUGAGGUAUUCAACCUUUAUGUCCACCCCUGUCGCCUUCUUACAUGCCUCGACAAACUCCUUCACUGAACUACCUGCGAUGAAAAUGAUCCAAAAGAUCAGGAGAAGCGAGGCCAGGAAAGGAAGGAUAAGGAAAAGAGAAAAACAAAAUUUGAGGGAUUUGCUAACCUUUUCCAGUGCCAACAUUGUAGAUCCCAACCUUUCCAGGUUGUGCAUGGGCAAGAGCUUUUACAUGAGCAUCAACCAGGUCAGUGACAUCAAUGUAGUCCCUCACACAAGUGCCAUCAGCUGUCUCAUAGUCUGUUCCUCUGACCUAGAAUCAAUAACAUAAAUAAAGGAAUUCAAUUUCUCACAUUGAUUUUGGUCUAAACAAGUCUAGCUGAAAAAGAGAAGGGGGAGCAGAGGGAAAAAAAGUACCUUCAGUCCAGGAAUAAUCCCUCGAGCUGCAUCAAAACAAGCACCAGAUAUUCGGCCCUGCUCACGUAGCUCAGGUCGAGGAGCCUCUCCUAGUUUUCCCUCAGGGUCUGAUCCUAUCACAUUAAAGUAUCUGAAUACAUAACCGUAUGUAUAUUAGCUUCAGUUAUAUCUAGAGAUCCAAAAUAUACAACCUGGGAAAUUGUUUAUGCUUCAUGUUAUGUUAAACUAAAAAUUUGAAAACAAAGUAAAUGGUUUUUGACUGUGUCAGCACCUACCGUAAGAUCAUGACCCCCAUGUCUGAGUUUUUGGAGAAAUCCAGUAUGAUAUCUUCUGCCAUCUUCUUGGCUUUUCCAUAUGGAUUGAUUGGGACCUGAGUUGGUACAUUUAUAAAUUCUAAGUGUUUGGACCUUGACAGAGAA